ACUGUCAACAUUCUUCAGAACCACUACCCAGAACGCCUCGGACGCGCCCUCAUCACGAACGUACCCUUCCUCGUGAACGCGUUCUUCCGAAUUAUCACGCCGCUGCUUGACCCCGUCACUCGCGAAAAGAUGCGCUUCAAUCCCGCGUGCAUCAAGGACGGCCUCUUUACGCCCGAGAUGCUCAUGAAAGAGUGGGGCGGCGCUCGGGAGUUCGAGUACGACCACGAGCAGUAUUGGUCUGCGCUGGUGAAGAUGUGUGACGAGAGGCGGAUGCGCAUGAUGGAUGCGUGGAGAUCUCAGGGAAGUACGGUCGGGAUCAAGGAGUGGGAGGUGAAGUGCGCUAUAGACGAUCACGAACAAGGAACUGGCGUCAUGGAACAGGAGAAGACGCAGGCCAUAACCGAAAGUGUCGGUGAGGAAAUCAUCGUCUCUUGA